GCGGUACCCGACGACGGGCCGCGGCGCGGCGACCACGCAUGAAAGUGAGGGGCUCGGUGGCCUCGUGACGGACGGGAGAGAGUCGUCGGCGCCAGGGAUGGCGGCGGCGGUGGCGGGCGGGCCGCCCCAGAUGGUGACGGUGAAGCGGGAGCUGCUGGCCGCGUGCAUGACGUGCCCACUCUGCCACAAGCUUCUCCGGGACGCCACCACCAUCUCCGAGUGUCUCCACACGUUUUGCAGGAAGUGUAUAUGUGAGAAACUUACAGAUGAAGAGAUAGAUUGCUGCCCUAUAUGUAACAUUGAUCUGGGCUGUGUUCCUGUAGAAAAGCUCAGACCUGAUCACAAUUUGCAAGAUUUAAGGGCAAAAAUAUUUCCCUUCAAAAGAAGAAAGGUUGAGGCUCCUGAAAAUUUUCCACUCCUUUCUUUGCCUGUUAGAAGAAAAGAAAGGUCCCUUUCUUCAUUGGUGGUCAAUACUCCUCGAUUAGCAACACAGACAGGUUUGACAGGAAGGCAAACAAGAGCUGUUGCUAGAAGGGCUGCCAUAUUACGUGGACAAAGUCCUGGCACUCAUGAUUCAGUUAAGAGGGAGGAUGAAUAUGUUGACAGGCUUACUGAAAAUUCAGGGAACCCAAGCAAGUCAGCUGUCAGUAGGAGGCAGAGUGCUUCAAAUGCUGAGUCAUCCAGCAAUGCUGCAAUUAAAGUUACAGAUUGUGGUGGGGAAUCCUAUCAGGAUAAGACAGAGCUUUGGAAACCAUUAAAUUGUCUAGUUGAAGCGGCAAACAGUACAAAGUCCUUUAAGUCCAGUCCACAGAGUGCUGUUAUUAAGUCAGAACAUAUCAAUAACCCUGAUGUUGAAACAACUAUCAACAAAACCAGGAAUAAGGAACAUCUGCACAAGUCCAAGGUUCAGGAUGAGAAGAACAACAGUAUUUAAACACCUUCAGUAACAGCAAAAGCUAGGAGGUUGCAAGGAGUCAACCGAAAACGGAAGGACCUAUCAACCUCGGCUCAUGCACUAUUUGAUGCAGCAAGUGCACAAUGUGAUAGGAGGAUUUGCCCGAUAUGGUUUCAGUUACUUGCCUCCUUCGACCAGGAAGGAGAUCCACCGUUGCCCCAAAUACCAAAUAGUUAUUUGAGGAUUAAAGAUGGCAACGUACCUGUUUCUUUCAUCCAGAAGUACCUUGUCAGGAAGCUUAAUCUUGACAAUGAAGCUGAGGUGGCAGUCACAUGCCGUGGUGAACCGGUGAGCCCUGCGACAUCCCUGCACAACUUAGUAGAACAGUGGCUAAGAGGGGGAUCAUCACAGAAGCUGCAGGCUUCCAUCGGAACCUCAGCCAAGGAGUUUGUUAUGGUGCUAGCUUACGGUCGCCGCAAGGUUUCUGCUCAAUGAGUGCAAGGCAACAAUCUUCCUCGAUAAUCUUCAUUGUGAUCCCUGGGCAUUAGGGAUGUCAAAGACUACUCCCUUCCUAUAAACUCUGGUGUUGUCGCUGACUUGUGUUAGCUCUUUCCCGGUUUAUGUUCACUAAUGUAAGUGACAUGUUUGAUUCUUUUUUUCUUGUAACUUGCACUGAGUUUGUGCUGUGGUAGUAAUGAUUCACAGGCAAUGUCCAUUUAUAGUGUCAGUUCCGUAGGUGUAUGAAAUGGCACUGUAUUUUUUUUCUUUUUGUUGUAAUUCUUUUUUAAUCAAAGUCAUAUAAUUCUGUGGUCAGGUUUGAUCCUUUAAUUGCUA